ACAGCUCAUCCUACGUCGUUUCUCUGUUUUGUAUUUGCAAUAUUAUCAAACUGAAAAGUAUUCCUUAUUUCCUUGGAAUAAAGCUCAUUAUUCCAUUCAAAUUAUAGUCUAUCACUUGCUAAAAUCUCAAUAACAAACUGAGAUUGUAAUUUCAUACUAGCAGGAUCUGUAAUUACCUUAAAGUCUAGUGUCGGUACGUAACUCGAUGAAGAGAGCUUUUUGUGUGCUAGCGGCGCUUAUGAACGAGCAGAAACAUAGUGUGAUAGGCAAAAUGAAACCAUUAACUAAUUUUAAAGAGUGGAAGUUCCGUGAUCCUCCGAACUAUGCUGCAUUGCCUAUUGAUGAGAAUCCGGAGUACAAUGUGCCGAUGGCUGUGAAAGAUGCCGUGUUUUCUAAGGUACCAACAGAGCCUUUAACGGGCAAGCUACAUCUAGUGUGUGCGUCAGACCCUGCCCUCAUAGAUCUGUUAGACUUGGACCCUUCAGUGGCUGAUACUGAGGAUUUCAUCAACUUUGUGGCCGGUGCUUAUCUGCCCGAAGGAGGGUUGACCGUUUCACAUAGAUAUGGAGGUUAUCAAUUUGGAUUCUGGGCAGAUCAACUGGGUGAUGGCAGAGCUCACAUUCUAGGAGAAUAUGUGAACAGCAAAGGUGAAUCCUGGCAGCCGCAACUGAAAGGCUCUGGUGAGACGCCGUACUCCCGCUUCGGCGACGGUCGCGCGGUACUGCGCUCGUCCAUCCGGGAGAUGAUCGCGUCGGAGGCCUGCCAUUACCUCGGCGUGCCGACCACUAGGGCUGCUGCUUUGGUGGUAAGCGACGAUCACAAAGUAUGGCGUGACAAGACAUACAGCGGUCGGUCGCGGCAAGAACGCGCCGCUACCGUCAUGCGGCUCGCAAACGCUUGGUACCGCAUCGGCUCGCUAGAGAUACUGCUCAAGAGGAAGGAGCCACAUACACUCAAGUUGUUGGCUGAUUUUAUCAUUGACAAUCAUUUUCCUGAAGUUGCAAGUUCCGGAGAAGAUAAGUAUGUGAAAUGGUAUUCGGAAGUCGCUCACAAGAAUCUAGACAUGGUGGCGACGUGGCAAGGUCUCGGCUUCGUUCACGGCGUGCUUAACACAGACAACGUUAGCUUAUUAGGCCUGACCAUAGACUAUGGCCCAUAUGGGUUUAUAGACCACUACUACGAACAUUAUGUGCCUAAUACUUCGGACGAUAUGGGCCGUUAUGCGUACAACAAACAACCAGAGAUUCUAGUGUGGAACUUGGGCAAGCUAGCUGAAGCUAUGGAGCCAAUAUUAUCGGACGCACAGAAGCAGGAGAUCAAAGAUAUUCAUGCCACUCUUGAUGACUAUGUCAAAACUAAAGUAUUAAAAACAUAUCUACUAAAGCUUGGUCUCAAAGAAAUCCAAGAUGGCGACCACAAACUGGUGGAAGAUUUGUUUACAGUGAUGCAGUUGAAAAUGGCGGACUUUACAGCUACGUUCAGACAACUUGCUGAGGUAGAACCACAUCAGUUAUUGGACAAAUCAGUGCUGGAGACAAAAUGGUCCCUGAACAAGUUUAGUGGUGAACCAACUUGGGAGAAAUGGGUGCAAGCAUACCAAGAAAGACUGAAGAAUGAGAACGUAAGUGAAGACGAGCGACGUGAGCGCAUGGUGAGAGUGAACCCGCUGUAUGUGCCCAGAAACUGGAUGAUGGAAGAGGCCAUCAAAGAUGCUGAGAACAAUGACUUUGAGAAGGUCCGAUUCCUACUGAAACUCUUCCAAAAUCCUUUUGAAAUAAAUGAAGAAGCUGAGAAGAGAGGGUACUCUUCACAACCACCAAGCUGGUCUUAUGGACUCAAGCUUAGCUGUUCCAGUUAAUUAUUAUGUUUAAGCUAAAAACGCACAUAUUGAAGUGUUGUAAAACAAUGCUUGUAAAUUUUGAAUUUAAGCUGAAAUGUUAAUAAAGUGAUGCCUCUGUAAAUCUGUUAAUUAUAUUUUUUGGUCCAGUGUAGCUUAUUGAGAUAGAUAAAUACAUAUAUUAUGAAAGUGGAGGUAUAUAAUUAAUUUGUUAUUCUACAUAAAUGUAAUUU